AUGGGCAUUGUCUUUGAGAAGAAGAUCGGUGGCAGUUAUAAAAGUGAGGACUCAUGCCGGAAAGUGGACAGUCGUCGAGUGCCUCUCACGAAGCUGACAUCGCAGAACAUCAAGUUCAUGAAGAGUCUGGGUCUGAAACUUCGCAAAAAAGUGCCAAACAUGAAAUUAGGAUUUGCUGAAGAUUACCAGAGAAUUGUUGUGAAUGCGAAGCAUGAGUUGAUACUGACACGUUCACACAACGAUAUCAACGCCGUCAUUCAGGGAGCACCUGCGGCUGGACAGCAGACAGAGACGUUCAAAAUUUCCCUCACCAAAAUUGAUUGGAUGAUUCCCUACGUCAAACCUGCAGACUCUCAAAAAGUGCUACUUCUCAAUCAGAUUUCAAAGGACAACCUAGUGCCAAUCAGUUUUCGAGCUUGGGAACUGUAUGAGUAUCCUCUCUUACCUAAGACAUCGAAACAUGUGUGGGUCGUGAAAACCUUAACACAACUGGAGAAACCUCGUUAUGUCAUUGUAGGCUUUCAAACAGCCCGUAAGAAUCAACCCCUGAAAAAUGCUAGCGAAUUUGAUCAUUGUAACAUUCGAGCGAUCAAAUUAUUUUUGGAUUCACAAAGCUAUCCCUAUGGAAAUCUGAAUCUUGACAUUGCACACAACCCGUCUGCUCUUCUCUAUGACAUGUACACCAGCUUUCAAACAUCGUAUUACCAUAAAGAGCCUGAGCCACUAUUCAGCAGAGCGGAAUUCUUGGAAACGGCACCUUUCAUCGUCAUCGAUUGCUCCAAGCAGAAUCAGUUCUUGAAAUCUGGACCUGAGGACAUCCGGCUAGAGUUUGAGUCAUCAGCCGACUUCCCCAACAAUACAGCAGCCUACUGUUUAAUCUUACACGAUCGAAUCAUUGAGUAUAGUUAA